AUGGUUUUCAAGCUGCUUAAACACCUUACUCUCUUGUUUGUCCUCCUCGGACUAGCCCUGGCUGAAUAUGGUGCCGUCUCCUCUGAGGUGACGGCAAUAUCUAUUCAUGGCCAGCGAGGCGACAUUUUGACUUAUCACGACAAUUCAUCUACCUUCAAUGCCUCAACACCCGCAUCACCAUCCUCCAUCAAGGCAUCGUCUUUCAAUAUUGAGAGAUCCCGAUUAAAGGCGGACUUGACAAAUCUCAUACUGCAGGAGCCCGGAUUCGCCCUCCUCAGUGUCACGUUUGUGCUCAUGAGCGGAGGCAUGAUAUUUUUAUAG